AUGGCGACCACGGUCACUCUUAAGAUCAAGUGCCAUGAAACAGUGCAUCGCGUGCCGCUGCAGUCUGAUCAGGUGAAUUACGAGGCCAUCGCGCAGACCAUCCGAGCGAUCCAUCCAGGCGAGGCUACUGCAAAAUACCAUGACGAUGAGGGCGAUGUGUGCGUUCUUUGUGCGGCCACCUUCUCGGACUUCUUGAAUCUGAGUGCUCCCGUGGGCGACAAGACUGUCCUCAGGCUGGAGCUGUCCUCUGCGGCCCCGGCUUCCACAGGUGCCCAGCCGUCGGAACUGGCCGGGAUCGACGACGCGAGCCCCACGGGCGGGCCGAAGGGCAGUUUCAAGGGCAAAGGCAGGUUCAAGGGCAAGGGCAAGGGCGAGUGCAAGGGCGAGGGGAAGGGGGACUUCCACGGCAAGGGCAAGCGCAAGGGCAAGUCGGGCCCCGCGAUGGGCUUCGAGUUGUUCCACAACUUGGGCAGCAUCGAAGGUAUGAUGCAACGCGCCUCCGCUGAAGGCGUGAGCCCCCCUGGCUGCGCCUUCGGGUCCUGCGGCGGCGGCCAUGCGACUGGAGCAGUGAAGCUGGGGCGCGCCAUGUGGCAGCUGCACUCGGCUGGCAUGACGAGCGCCAGGUGUGUGGCGGCGGUCGUCGCGAACUCGCUGGACGACCUGGUCACCUUCGCGGUGGAGCAGUCUGACGUGAUCGACGUGGCGGCGAACGUCCAGCCAGAGAUGACUCAGCAAGUCAUGGAGGUAGUGUUCGCCAGUGCCGUUGGCGUCGAGGGCCUUGAGGACUGUGCGGGCAAGAUGAAGGCAGCACUGGCGGGCGAGCCCGUCCCCGCCAGCGAGGUGCUGUUGGGGUUGCUGACAGCUUUGAUCGAGUUGACCUUCAGCGCCCGCGUGUCUUUUCUCGAGGCUCUGUGCACCAGCCAGCGAGAGGGCAUCGCCAGCCUCUUCGACAUGGCCCGCCCAUUCUUGGCCAUGCUGCCGCCCAUGCGUGUCGAGCACCACCGCGUCACCUGCGACGGCUGCGACCAAGCGCCCCUCCGAGGGCCACGCUUCAAGUGCACAACCUGCCCGGAUUGCGACCUGUGUGCGCGCUGUUUCGCGGACAGGGGGUCCGCCUGUGGCGGCAAGUGCAGUGGCCACGAGUUCGAGACGAUCACGACCUGCAAGGGCAAGGGCAAGGGCAAGGGCAAGGGCAAGGGCAAGGGCAAGGGCAAGGGGAAGAGCAACCUCGACGACGCUGCGCAGCGGGGUCCCGACGCACAGUGCAAGUGCGAAUCGGAGUGCAAGGGCAGGCGCUGCGAAAGCAAGGGCUGUGAGCUCCACGAGCCGCUGCGCGGAAAGCUGUCCACGCUGGGUGCCAAGAACUUUGCCGAUGAGCCCUCGGCCUCGAGUGCAGCAGCAGCCGUUGACGACAAGGCCAGCAGCGCACACUUCGACGUCUCGUUCCCUGUGGCUGUCGGCGAUGGCCACCAUGCGACGCUUUACUGGAACUUCGGUGACGACCCGCAGCAGGUGGCCGAGGCCUUCGUUGCGCAGCACGGUGUGCUGCCAGAGGAACUGCCCACGGUGCUCCGCUUCGUGGAGCACUGCAUGGCUGAGGGCGCGGACCAGCCCGCGUGCGAGGAGUCCCCGGUUGCGCCAGCUGUACCAGCAGCUGCAGAUAGCCCGGCCAGCAGCGCACAUUUCGACGUCUCGUUCCCUGUGGCUGUCGGCGAUGGCCACCAUGCGACGCUUUAUUGGAACUUCGGUGACGACCCGCACCAGGUGGCCGAGGCCUUCGUUGCGCGGCACGGUGUGCUGCCAGAGGAACUGCCCACGGUGCUGCGCUUCGUGGAGCACUGCAUGGCUGACAGCGCAGAGCAGCCCAAGUGA